AUCUGCCCAAAUCUCCUGCGUGAUAAGGCUCUCGCAGUCGCAGUCGGCCGUAGCCCUCGUUCAUCUACCUACCAGGCCGGCUGCAUAAGUCUUUGAAGCAGAAGCAGCAAGCUCGAUCCAUGGCUUCCUUCGGACCGACGGGUUUGCCAAACUCGGAGCAUGCGCAUCGCAUCAACAGAGGGACGCUGACUUUCAGCUACACCUGCGCUGGCCUCACAGGCACCGCGCUCCUCUUCGUCAUCCUCUUCUUCUGCUACAAGAGCCGCAACCGAGCACCGGUCGCCGCUGCCGUCGCUGCCGCGGCGGAGACCGGAACGGAAGGUCGUCGCUGCGUGGACCUCUCCAAGCUACCGGAGUACGCGUACACACUGUCUGCCAGGCACGGUGGCAGCGGCGACGGUGCGCAGUGCUCGGUGUGCCUUGGCACGCUGCAGGCAGGCGAGAUGAUGCGGAUGCUGCCGUUGUGCAAGCACCUGUACCACGUGGAGUGCAUCGACAUAUGGCUGGUGUCGCACGACACAUGCCCGCUAUGCCGCUCGGAGGUUGAGCCCCCGGAGGAGGACGGCAAGCCUGCGACGACGACGGAGCUGCCGGUAUAGUGCGCCUGGCCGGCCAUCGUAGUUGGUCUCCGGCAAGUUGCACGGUAAUUAGUUGCAGGUUGUCAAACGUGUGAUGCUAGCUAGUUCUACGUAGAGAUGCGAGCGGGAUCCAGCCAAAGUUUUAUUUAUACGGAGUAGUUUAUUUUGUGAUUUCUAUAAUAAGUUUGGCGCCUUAUAUGUAAUGUCAGUAUGUACAUAGUUGUAACUCGUAAUGCAAUUAUAUCAGAAAGUUA